AUGAAGAGCACACCGAACAACGAGGAGUCCAAGCUGAUGAUGGACAUCAUCCGCAAAAAGACCAGCAUUGUCUUUCCCGCCGGUAACCCGGACUUCCGGGAGGUGAGGAACCGGUGUGCGAAGGCGUGCCGCGAGUUCAACAACACGCCAGAAGACGCGGAUCCGGAGGUGCGAACCCGCAAGUGGCUUGACAUUGUUCGGCCGGACCGCGAUCGCAGCAAAGAUCGCACAGCUGCUGUCACCCACGACCAAACCUUCGCCAACCCUAACCUCCAAGCUAAGACUCCCUUCGUCAAGCCACCAUUUUGGGCAGACUAUGGUGUCCGGCUCAAGGUUGGCGGGUCGACCUUCAUUAACCGCGACUGCAAGAUUCACGACACACCAGUGGCCGAUGUGGUGAUUGGCGAGGGUUGUAACAUCGGGCCCAACUGCACCAUUGUCAGUGUUACUCAUCCAAAGCGGCUUGAUGAGCGUCUCAAGCGCGAUAGCAUCGGCGCGCCUAUUACCAUUGGGAAUAAUGUCUUUAUUGGGGCGAAUGUGACGAUUCUAGACGGCGUCACAAUAGGUGACGGCGCUGUUAUCGGCGCAGGCUCCGUCGUCAAGAGGGAUAUCCCGCCCAUGUGUGUCGCCUUUGGCAACCCCGCCGAGCCGCAGUGGUUCCUGGAUAACGAGAAGCCCAUUCUGUCUAGCCUUCGUGGUGUCCGGUGCCUUAAAGAGGCGAUGCAACUGGAUAACCAGUUGAAUGAGAACGUAAGGGAGGAGGCAAGGGUGAUGGCUAGGGAAUUGAUUGCGGGCUCCUCGUCCUCGGACUUCAAUGAUGGAGUUUUGAGUGAGCCACAGCGUGGGCGCGGCCUUGCUGGACACAGGCAGGGAGAGUCUGGAUUGAAGGCAUGCGUGGCUGCUAGGCUGGACCUGGGCCGCCAGCGGAGUGCUGGGAAUGUCAAGUGUGAGUGGAUUGUGUUUUUCUUAUUGGGGAUGUUUACCAACCUGGUGUUGACGGUGCUUGUGGCGGGCAUAUUGUAUCGGUAUUGUGAGGGGUUGGGGUAUGGUGGGCGGUUGAACACGCCUGGGGCCGGGGGGUAUAGGAGAGAGGUUUAA